AUGUUAAUCAGUAAAUGCUUUCAGAGAAACCUGCUCCUAAUAUCAUAACGCGCUUUCAGGGUCGUCGUUAUAUAGACUAAAAUCAAUAACAUCUAUAUAUGAAAACUCGGCGAUGGUGGCAGCAGCAUUGCGCUCUGUUAGGAGAAUUUAGUCAACUCGUGGCACUGUAGAUAAAAAGCUCUGUUUGGUAAAUGUCAUGUUCGAAUAUUUUUCAAAUAGUUACAAAUAUCUUUUUAAUGAAAUUUUCUUAUAAUAGUGGUGUCGUGUAGUUGUAACAGUUUGCAAAACGUGAAAAAGGCCGGAAAAUAGAUUUACAUAUUUAAUAAUAUUACUCAUAAAAUAAUAAAAGGAACAGAAAGGAUUCAUUACAUAAAAGAUGCAACUAAAAUCUUGAGAAUCAGAAAUAUGAAAUAAAUAUUUAAAAAAUUAAUUGUGCUGUGUGUUAUGUAGUACAGAUUAAUUUUUUUUCUGAACAUGGAAAAGCUUCAAUAUAUAAUACAUACAAAUAAUAUAAUUCCUCUAACAGUGUACAAUAUUGAUAAUUCAUCGAAAGUGGCCCAAGUUACAUGUUAAAAUUAAUAGUGUUCUAACUGUGAAAAAUUCUAGUUUUUUAAGGAAGUAUUCAAUUAUAUUUUGAGUUUAACAUUUCUUCUCUGUUGAGCAGUAAAACGAAGAAAUGGGUGAAGAUGUUAUUGCGAGAAUAUUUUACAUACUUAUUCAUACUGAUAUGGCAGCACGUCUGGCAAACCCGUGACGCAUAUUUACCAAUUACACGCUUCGAUGCUAUUUCUAAUCAUUGAAUUUUAUUUCAUAAGAAAGAAAAAUUAAGUUUACCAUCGAUUCGUUUGAUUUAAGAAACUGAUCUUAAUCUUGUUAUUUUAUAAUACCCGUUGACAUGAUUUUUUCCUGUGCACGUGACUAUCCCGUUGAAAAUAUCGCAUUACUCUUGAAAUUCAGUUAACUCUUAAACGUUUCAAUCACCCUGAAGAAUCAUGGCUAAAAAGACAGAAGAUAUGAAAGAGUGGAAUAUUGCUAGAACGGGAAUUUCUCUUCUUUUGAAUAAUAAAGUUGAAGAGGCUGAAGCCCUAUUUACUGGACACCCUCAUAGCUUUCACGUAAAAGCAGGUCGCUGCUUUGUCCUGUUUAUGAAUGCAUUAAUGACAUUUGAGAAUGAUAAACUUCAGCAGGCCAUGAUAUUGUUGAAAGAUAUGGAGAGAGAAUGUGCGAGUGAUAUAGGAUGGUUAAAAUCCAUGAAGAGCAGGGUCUUUAGAACGGAAGAAACUAACAAAGAUUAUAUCAACAAAUUGGAAAGACAAAUAGUUUUAGCAGACUCCCAGGUCUGUGCGGCAAUAUUAACAUUACUACAACAAGAACUCACUGGUUACGUACGUGGUGGUUGGAUGUUACGUAAAGCUUGGCAAGUUUAUCAACACGCGUACACACAAAUUUUACAACUUUAUCAGCGUACCUUUGGUACCAGUCCAUCGGGAUUCAAUACGAGGUGCAGUACUCCGUGCAAUGGCUCCUCUUAUUCCCUUCAAAGUCUACAAAGUCCAGGUUCCUCGGAAUGGUCUAUACCUUCUUGCAAUGGUUCAGCAAACCAUCCAACACCAGUCUCGUCCCCCUCAGGUCUGCGAAGCUCUCUAUCAAUGUUCUUCUCGCUCACUGGCAUCACGUCCGAACAACAGACACCUUUUGUUGAACCUAGCGAGGUCACCAGAUUGAUGUCAGCAGUUAGCUUUGGAUAUGGGAUUUAUCAGUUGUGUGUCAGUUUAUUGCCACCCUCGCUUAUAAAAGUAAUUCACUUUUUGGGCUUCGAAGGUGAUAGAGAAGCAGGACUCACUGCUUUAAUGUAUGCACGAUUGAGUGAGGAUAUGCGUGCUCCACUUGCCACCUUAUCUUUACUUUGGUACCACACAAUCGCCCGCCCUUUUUUCGCCCUUGAUGGAAGCAAUCUUCGAGCUGGUGUGAAUGCUGCAAAGCAGUUAAUUACAGAAUGUCAAUCAGAGUUCAAUAAUUCCGCGCUGUUCCUCUUUUUCGCUGGUCGGAUACAGAGACUCGAGUCAAAUGUAAAUGAUGCUCUUCAAGCGUAUGCAAAGGCUGUUGAAAUUUCCAGUCAGAGGGAAAUAAAGCUGUUAUGCUUGCACGAAGUAGCUUGGUGUUACCUAAUUCGAUUGAGUUACGAAGAAGCUUACCGAUCUUUAACGCAAUUACGCCAGCAAUCUAGGUGGUCAGUAAGCUUUUACGCUUACUUAGCAACUGUUUGUUGCGGAGCGAUUGGUAAAUUCGACAUUGUGGCGGCAUCUUAUCGAAAGAUACUUAAUUCGAAUAAUCGAAUGAAUAAGGAGACGCAACUUGGUUUGUUCGUUACGCGUCGAACGCCUAAGCUUUUGAAUCAAGAAACUGGACAACCUUACGCAGUUUUGUACUACAGAUUGCUUGUGUACGAGUUACUUUAUUUGUGGAACGCGAUGCCGUCCUGUUCUGCAGAGUCGUUACGAGGAAUUGUUCUAGGUUCUUCAAGAGAUAAAACCUGUGAUUAUGAGGAAGAUCCGAUGAGCGUUCGAAACACGUAUUGCUGCGCAAAUGGAGGAAUCUGUCCAGCUGCUGUAUUAAAUUCCUCUCGCCAAUCUCCUUGGUACUGUAAACUCAUCAAACCAUUUGUAUUUUGUGUGAUCACAUCGUUGUUGGCUAUGUCAGUGUCUCAUCUCUGUGACAAAUACUCAGCUAGUACAACUUUUAAAAUAAUUAGAUCUGACUUGGUGAAUCUGAGGGCACAUUUAAAUACUCUUUCGAUGGAAGUAAAGAAUGUAAUGGAAACCCGAAAUGAUUUAAAGAAUAAAUUGAAGGAAGUUGGAUAUAUCAUUCCGAAAAUGUCUGAAGCCAUUCUCUAUUUAAGAAAUGAAGUAUCUGAGGGAAUGAAGGCUAUGUCUCCAGACACUGUUAGAGAUUUGGUGAGGAGUGAAUUGCAAACUUACGAUGCUGAUAAAACUGGAAGAACUGAUUAUGCACUUGGAAGUUCAGGUGGCACAAUUCUUUCAACAAGAAAUACAGAAACAUAUUCAGCUGGUGCACCAGUACUGAAACUCUUUGGAAUACCUAUUUGUCAACAACAGAACACACCUCAGGCUGUCAUUCAGACUGGUGUUCUUCCGGGUGAAUGCUGGGCAUUUAAAGGUAGCAGUGGCAGUGUUGUUAUACAAUUACUUGGUUUAGUAUAUGUUUCUGGAGUCAGUAUGGAACAUAUUCCACAGUCAAUAUCUCCAACAGGAGAAACGACUACAGCUCCAAAAGAUUUUUCUAUACUGGGUUUAAAAUGUGUGGAUGACACAAAUCCUUUCCUUUUUGGCGAAUUUACAUACGAUAACACUGGCCCCCCUGUACAAUACUUUGAAGUUCAAAAUCGAUCAGAUAAACCAUAUGAGAUAAUUGAACUUAAAGUUCACUCGAAUAGUGGUAAUAAUGAAUACACCUGUAUCUAUAGAAUACGGGUCCAUGGUACCUUAAGUAAAAAGAACAGAUAAUUUCUUUUUAAUUAAUUAUUUAAUAAUUACGAAUUAAAAGUAGAAAUCCUGGAAUGGCUUCUGCAAACGAACGAACUGGCUAAACGAGAAUUAUAAUUCUAAGAUCACUGUUGACAUAGCAUAAUUAAUAAUAUAAUACCGAUUUGAAUAAGACUUUUAUAUAUAGCUAUUAUGUAUACUUUAUUACGUAGCAAAUAAAGACAGGUAUC